GUAACACCGAGCAAUGGCCCCUGGCAGUACAGGUUUAGUGCCACCAAUAUGGUGAUCCGUGUUGGACCGGGAUCUGCUAACCAUAGCAUGAUUCCAGAGUCUACCCAUGGCAGUGCCAUAAAUGCAACAUUCACUGUUGAGCCUACAACUAUUCAACCCAACUCUAGUAACGCUGAUGAAACACCAGAAGGAAUCAUCACACGUCGCAACGUGAUUUUUAGUGUGGGUGGACCAAAUGCGGGAACAUUAUCGUUGAGUGCAAUCGCCGUGUCGUCUGCAAACGAAAUCUUCCUGGCCGAUCGGUAUAACCAUCGCAUACACAUCCACAACAUGGAGGGCGCGUAUCUUGGCAAUUUUCCAACUCUCGUGCCAGGCUAUGCAGUUUAUGUUAGGUCGAUGAUACCACAAGAUAUGUCCAUUGACGGGAAGGACAAUCUGUGGGUGGUAGGGCAUAUCUCGCAGCUAUGCUCUGCAGUUGUACAGUAUAGCAAGGAAGGGCAGGGACUAUCCAUUUUCCAAAAGUGCGGUGAAAGGUACGGAGGAAUCGCAGUAGAUCUUCGCAACAACCACAUCGUUUUGAAACAAGUAAACAAGCUGGAAGUCCACAUAUAUCGUCCCGACGGCUCGCUGGUGAGAAAGAUCGGCGGAAAACAGUUUGCCUAUUCAAACGCGGUCGUUGUCAACAACAUACAUGGAAGCAUCCUUAUGCUGAAAGAAAACACGGUUCGCGUAGUACUAUAUAACCAGUACGGACAGGAUUUCUACAGUUUCGGCAGCCGGGGAAGCGGCGAGGGAGAACUCAUGGUUCCCACCGACAUCUGUACGGACAGUUCUGGUCAAGUUAUCGUAGCGGAGCGAAGAAACAGGCGGGUUUCCGUGUUCACAAGCCGCGGGGAGUUUGUCCGCCAUGUGCGCACUGGACAGAAGAUGGUCAAGCUUGUUGCCGUGGGACCAAAAGGACAGUUGGUCGUGACGUAUCACUUUGAUGACACUGUAACUAUCUUCUCAACGUAUUGAGGAGUUGAAGAAGAGAAAGAAGACGACAAUCAUAUAGAUUUUAGUUCCUAUAUAUGUUUUCAUUAGGUUCUUCUCUACCUCGUAUCAUUUACCCGUUUGCUUUUCUACUGAGUUGCCUAUGUGUAUGUACCAGUUAUGCUACAUGCCGCCGUUGUUAAAAUAUACUUUCAAUGUUGCUACCAUUAUGUAUUACCAACGCAUUUGUAGUCAAACUUCGUAAUUUCGGACAGUGACGUAAAGCCAGUUGUCCCGUG